UAGCCAAAAAGCUGCAUUUUGAACAAUCUGAGAUUAUUCAGAGGCAACUGUUUUCCUAUUUCACCAAGAAGAAACAAGAAGAAGAAAAUCCAAAACCUUUCCCAAAAAAAUUCCUGAAAUACAUUCAAACCCUCCAACAAUUUCACCCUCAUUCCAUAUUAGAUUCCCAAAAUACCAAUCCAGGAUUGCAUUCUCUGCAAAUUGUUAUGCUUGGCUUUGAUUCUUCAACAUACAAGCUUUGUGGUUAAUCUCAUUCAAGGGUUCGUUAGGUUUCAAUUGAUGCCUCGGAUGAAGAAUGCAGUUUCAUCAAAAAGGUAAAAAUGAACGAUUUCGUUUUCUUUUCUCUGUUGCAGUUUUCUCCCUGCACCGGGCAAAACAUUAACAUCAAAUAUAGAUGAUUAUCCAGUUUCUUCUCUUGUGUUAGAAGAUGAAAUCUUUCUCUUCGAACAUCACGAAGUGAGCAGUUGCAGAAACAACAAAUGUCAAGUGUUCCUUAUCGCAAUUUAUCAAAGGCCAAUGCCACGGCAAUACCAAAUUUCCAUCCCCCACCGGCUUCUGAGGGGAAACAAACAGCAGAUUCCGCAACUAACAAAAUUGCUCAGAACUUUGUCACCUCUAUCUACGAUGCAAAAGUAUCGGAUUUGAACCGAAAUGUAACGAUAACAUGGUUGAAGAACCUCAUGAGCCAUACCCUCAACAUUUUGGUCGAAAACCCUUACGGUGAAAAUCAUUACAGUUGCAAAAUUGAUCUCAAGACAUGGCAAUUUUGGGGCAAAAAGGGCCUAAAAUCAUUCAAAGUUGAUGGGAAACGCGUGGACAUCUUCUGGGACUUUCGCACUGCAAAAUUCACAACAAGCCCCGAGCCUUACUCGGAUUUCUACAUUGCAUUUGUGUCCGGUGAUGAGGUUGUUUUAUUGCUAGGUGAUAUGAAACAUGAGGCUUUCAAAAGAACAAAAUCAAGGCCAUCAUUGGUAGAUCCUAUGUUAUUGCACAAGAAGGAGUGUGUGUUUGGAAAGAAAUGUUUCUAUUCCAGAACCAUGUUUGGGCAUGGCAAAAGGGAACAUGAUAUCACCAUUGAGACUUCCUUAUCCGGGCCUAGCGAUCCGGAAAUGUGGAUUAGCGUGGACGGGGAUACGCUUAUCAGGGUUGUGAAUUUGCAUUGGAGAUUCAGAGGGAAUGAAUCCGUCGUGGUAGACGAUAAACCUGUUCAGAUUUUCUGGGAUGUGCAUGAUUGGUUGUAUACGAGUGGCCCUAAUUCAGGUCAGGGUAUUUUCAUUUUCAAACAAGGAGCAACAGAAAGUGAAGAUAAUGAUGGCAAUGGAGAUUGGAGAAUUUUGUGUGAUGAGUAUUCUGGAAAUGGCACGGGGUUUUGCCAUCUCUUACAGGCUUGGAAGAUUGAGUGAGCUAGGCUCAGUGACUGUCUGUAUAAGCUUUCCAUAUGAAGGAAAUUUCCAGUUUGAUUAUUAUUGGAAAAGUUAAGAACUUCAAAGACCUUUGAUUGGAUUUUGUUUCCCUCUUCAAUUACUAUUAGGUACUUGCUCAUGUGAUUCUUGAAUGACACAUCUCUGUCAAUUGAGCCAGAAAUGAACAUUUGAGA